AUCAAGUAACUAUUAUCGUAAAAUGCCCGCCAUUUCAUCAAGCGGUGAAAGAGAUUUAUAUUGUUAUGUUUUACUGUUGUAGCUCAUUUGAGAAGGACAUAAGAUCAAUAUGGAGUUAUAUUUCAUGCCUUCCGAUGUUGCAAGAAUUGUUCUUGGAUACUUAAAAGAGAGCAGCUAUGUGAAGACGUACAACUGCUUUUUGAAAGAAUGUUGUCACUUGAAGGAAAUUUACAAUUUGGAGAAGGCAGGCCGAUCAUUGAAGAAGGUUACGCAGUUCAAUCUUGUCAAAAUUUUGGAAGAAUGGGGACAGUACAGAUACUCAAAUGAAAAUACUGUUACCAUUGGCAACAACUUCACAGAGACACCAAGUUCUGAUGAGACAGUAGAUGAUACAUUGGUAUGUGACAAUGAUGUUACAAACAGCGGUAGGAAAUCAAAAGCUGGAGCUAGAAGUAAUAGCAAGAAGUCCCCUCAGGUUUCAAAAGCUAGAAGGUCACCUUGUACACCAUACAAAGUAAGAUUGAAAUCACCAAGGAACUCAAAGAACCUUGCUAAUGAAAAUAAUAACCCAGAAAAGGUCAGUAGUGAUAGGUCUGUAGAAAGAGCAGUUACUGGAAAUGCCUGUACUGGAAAAUUUAAUGAAUUUACACCCAAAAAGUCUUCAGUACCUUUACAAAGGGCAAAUUCUGCAGAAAAAGCUGCUGUUCUGUCCAGUCCAUUUAUUAAUGAUGCAGGCUCUAAGACGGAUAUUGGUAGAAAUAUACAACCUGAAGUACCAAGUGCUGUUAACUGUAUGAAAAAUACUGAAAAUGAUUGUGAUAAAACAAAAGCUGAUUUUCCUAAUAAGAAACCAGUAGACACUAAAAAGUUUGAAGUUGAAACUGAUAAAAAGGGUAAGAGAGAAAACAUGCUUGAAGGGGAAAUUCAUAAAGUUGCUAAGUUAGAAGGGGAAUGGGAAGACAGAACUGAUCAGUCUGAACCGAAACACAGAAAAACAAAAGAAACGUCGACAACAAUUACAGAAGAGGAGAAUUUCGAAGAUAGCUCUUCAAAAAAAGUAAAGAUAAUGUCUGAAACUUUUAUAAAAACAGCUGUAGAACCACCAUCAGAAAGUGUUGGAAGCUGUGAGGACAAGUGUUUAGCAUGGAUGAACAAAAACGAAAGUGAGACUAUGAACAGAGAAACAAGUGAACAUGGUGAUAUUACCAGAAACAUAAAUGGAGGAAGUACAGAUGGUCUUGAGAAGACUCCUGUAAGUGAGAAACUUGUCAGCAAUGAAAACCCGCAUGAAGAGGAUGUAAAAGCACAAGAACAUUUAUCGACUCGCUCUGAUGAAUCAAGUAAUGAAGUUACUACAAGUAAAUCAUCAGACAGUCUAGAUACACACAAAUCCAAAACUCCUCAUGUUGUAGCAAGUACCUCCAAUAGAUCAGAGCAAGGUCAUGUUGUUUCACAGCAUGUCACACCAAAGAAGAGAUCACCUGGAUCAAGAGAUAAGAGUUUAGUCACCCCAGUGAAGUUUCUACGAAGUUCAGAGCACCAUACAAGCAGAUCUCCACGUAGAAAGAAACCUAAAACGCCAAGAAAGCGUACAAGUGAAGUGUCACCUGUAAGUGUAGUAUCAACAAAGUCUGUUGACCCAACCAGUGUAAACCCAAUAUUUGAGAAAAUCCUCUCAGAUCAUCGCUUGCAUGAAAAAUUGGCUGAGACAUGUAACCUUGUACACAGUCAGAUAAAGCUUGCUAACAGUGGUAAAGAGAACAAGUCUGACACACAACAAGGUGAACAAGUCUCUCCGCUACCCACCCAGCAUUCUUAUGAGCAGGAAACUGUCACAGCAUCAAGAUCACUGGAGGAAAUUCUAGGCAUUGACCACAACUUCCAUACAGAUAUGUUGAGUGAUAAUAUUGAUAUGAGUGAUCCAGCGUACGAGUCUCUCUUCAAAUUGUUUGGAACAGAUCGUGAAACAUUCAACGAGUAUUUAAGGAAGGAGAAGGAGAAAGAAUUAGCCUUGAUGGAGGCUGAAGUAGAGGAGCUAGAAAGAAGCAAUCAUGAAAUAAUGUGUGCCAACUUUGGUGUGUCCCAGGCUGAUGCAGGAUAUGAGACUCAAGAACUUGUUUACAGUUCACCACAUCACAUGCCGCUAGGUUCACAACAAGAUCUGUUUGCCACCCAGCAUGCUUCAAACUCGCCUAGGACUGGCCAUGCAACUUCUACUCCUUGCGGGAAUGAUGUGCCAAUCAAUUUUACCCCUUUACUUCGAGGAAAUGAACUAGGAAAUAGCCCAGUGCAUUUGACUCAAAGUGUCUUUGGUGGUUUAAAGAACAGCGGUGGAGAUAGUAAGAUAAGCCCAAGUAGUACAGCCACACAACCAUUCAGCCCUGCAUUCUCACAUUACAGCGAGAUGAACAAUCCUCCAACACCACGUAAUCAACAACACCUAUCUGCAUAUGUGAAUGAAAAUAGCCCAGUAGGAACAUGUACACCGGGAAGUCACAUAGAGGAUCCUUACAGCAAUCCUGCUACUCCGAUACAAUCAAACACAGGACAGAUCAUUCAUUCUACACCUACAGGGCCUAGUAGUGUUAGAUCUCAGAGAAAUCCUGACCAUUUUCAUCAUUCAUCACCAAUUCAUUCCCAGCAUAGUGCAGUCAAAAACUCGCAUGCUCCAAUACACUGCAGCCCUCUAGUGAAGGCAGACAUCCAUCCAGAUAGUCCUUUGUUAGCACAAACAAAUGUGUACCAGUCUUCCAGUAACAAUGGACUGUAUUUCAGUUCACAUAUCACAUCUGAAAUGGCAGGUCAAAAUAGACAUGACUUCGCAAGUAAUGGAUGUGUAGCCCAAACAGAGAAUUUCUCUGAACAUGCGUCAGGAUAUUUGAAUUUACUGAAUGGGGCAGCCAACAUUCCAGCAUCCAGAGAACCAUGUACCACAAUAGAGAACACAAUAGGAUGUAUAAGUCUACCCCAACCUUCCAGUAUUGAGUCAAAGCCAAAUAAGAAGAAAGGUGCUAGUCGAUCAAGAAGGAAGAAAGAACCAGUUAAGAGGAAAAGCGUAUCAGCUUCUCAUGCUACAGUUAAAGGUUUGUUGGAAAAACCUCUCACUCAUUUAAACAGCAUUCCACUGUCAAUGAAAGUGGCUGACUUGCAGCGUGUUUAUAGAACACCUGAAAAAAGAGUACCUAUGCCUGCUGAAAACUUGACCUUCCCAUCACCAGGUGGUAAAACAUUGAUAAAUGUACCUUUACUGAACUGUGAGGAUCAAAUUGACCUUAGUGUACUUGGAAUGGAUGAAAAUAUAGACAAUGCUGGUUCCCAAACUGUUAAUGUAUAUGAUCAGAAUUUAGACACAUCCACACAGUACUCUAUAGCGCCAGAGAAUCAGGCAACCCACAACUUGGUUAAUGCAAUAGAAGCUGGAAAUACUGCUGAAGUUGUUCAACAAAUUAAAAAAAGUGAAGAAACAAAACGGAAAACAUCUAAGAGAUCAAAUACGGAGCGAAAAAGCAGGGCAAAAAAGAAAAAGGAAGAAACAGCUAAAGAUGAACAACAUGAUCAUUUCAGUCCUACUCCACCGUCAUUAGACCAGCCUGCCCUUCAGCAAGAAGGUAACGUCGACCCAAAUCAGGAGAUUUAUACUGCUACACCUUUCACAAGUUUGAAUAAAGCAGCAACUGUAAGAGCUUUGAACUUUGGUCCAAAUGUUGAUGAUCCAGAUAUUGCUCAUUAUCGGAAAAUUUAUCCAAAACUUCAAGCUCCAGCUGAUACGAGUCCUAGUGUAUUAAUUUUGAACACCAACCAAGUUAUUAACCCUGGACAAAGAGUUAUUGUUAACACAACACCAGUUACCUUGGUGCAAAAAAUAUCAAAUGUUCAGAAUGAUCCGAAUGUAAAUUUUAAAAAGGAACAAAACUUGGAAACAGAUAAUACUGGUGUUAGUGAUGGUAAGGAUAAUUCAGAAACUGAAAAGACAAUGUUGAAGAGAGUGACAAGGUCUGAAUCAUUGAGGCACAGUAAAGAUGACGAAAAGGAAGCAUCAGAAGAAAAUGUGGGUAACUGUGAUACAGAAGUAGACUCAAAUGAAAAUACUCCUGAGGAAACAUUGGAAAGGGGAAUAGAAAUCCCAAAGCAAAUCAAGAAUAUGCCAGGUGAAACUCCCAGGAAGGGGAAACAAACCCCAAGAAAAACUAGAAAUUUGUCCAAAGAAUUGACAGAAGAACUUGGUGCAGAUUGCAAUAAUGAUCAAUCAAAUGAAGAAGUAAACACUUCUGAAAAUGAAUGUAAAAAUGAUCAGGAAUGCAGAUUGAACUUUGAUAAUUAUUCUGAAGAAAUAUGUGAAAAGAGAAAAGAUAGAAAAUGUAAGAAGAAAGAUGCUUUAUUAAAAACAAAAAAUUUUAAGAACAAAGGUAGCAAGGGGAAAGAAAAAUUAAAGGUUAAGAUACCAAUGAUUAGUCAUCGACCACCAAAUCGAAAAGGGAGAGUGGUUAAAUCGGGGAAAUCGGUGAUUCCAUUUUACUUUAAGAAGAAAACUGAGAUUAAAUCAGAUGUUGACAGCUCAGAUGAGGAUGUGCCACUGAGUGUGGUAAGGAAGCAGCAGGUUAAAAAGAAAGAAUAUAAAUCUGUAGAAUUAAUUGUUGAAUCAGAAACCACUGAUGAAGAAAAAAGUAUGGAAAAUGUCCAGUCAGAAUCGGGCAAAAGAAAGGAGUCAUCUGAUGACGAUAAUAUAACUAGUAAAGAAGUUUUAUUUGAGAAAAUUGGACUGACUCCAACUAAAUCAGUUGGUAGGCAUGAUUUGAAGUCACCAAUUAGAGCCAAUGCUCUUGAUGUUCUUGCGGAAUGGCAAAGUUCCCCAUUAUCAUCAAGAAGUCGUGGACUCACUCCAAAUACUCGCAAUAGAUUUAGUAAAGCAGAUGAUUGUCUCAAGUCACCUACAACACCAAGGAGAAGAACACAUGCUAAACAAUUAUUUGGCUCACCUUGCAAAGAAAGCAUAAUUGAAAAAGUGAAAGGGGGUAAAGCAAAGCAGACUGCAAAAAGAGUUGAUGAUAUCAUUGAUAGAUUGAAGCAAAAUAAUCCAGAUAGAAAUUUAAGUAGUGCAAAUACAAAUAUAAACAUGAUGAACUUGAGAAACAAUGGAAGCAGUGAAGUUGAUGUUGCUAAGAUUGAACUAAAAACCAAAACAGGAAAAGAGAAUGAAAAAAUGUUGAAAGAAUCUAAAUCAGAGAAAACAGAUGCAGAUAGACAAAACAAAAAAUUGAAAACUAGAAAUUUGAUUAAUGAUAAGGGAGAUGGAAGUGCGAGUAAAGAUGCGGGAAAGAAAAUGUCUGAAAUGUAUAAUGAUACCUUUGUGAUAAAUGAUAUAGUUAAUGAGGAAUAUGACCAGAAUUCUCCUGGAACUGAAGUCAUUGAGGAUAAAGUUGUAACUGCAGAUAGGAAUACACUUGCAUUGGAUGAAAGUAGCCAGGGUGCUAGUGAAUUAAACAGGGCUAUUGCUAGUAUAGCAGUGGAUCAUCCAACCAUUAAAGGCGAUGAAGAACAAAAUCUGCUAAUUCAUCGAUAUAAUGAAAAUGAGUUACAGGGGUUUAAUCUUUAUCAAAAUGAAGAUAUACUAAGUGAAUCAUGUAACACUAAGAAGGAAUGUAAUGAAAUUUUCAAAAUAAACCAAAGCAAAAAUGAAAUUUCAGAUGAACAACAUAAACCUGCCUUUCCUGAUAAUCAAGAUGGUAAAGGUCAGUCUGAAACUCAUAAUAAGCAUAUAGUUACAGUUGAUGUUCAUGCUGCCCAAAACAGUCAAGACUCGUGUGAAAUGAUUGAGAAAUUUAAGGACAUCAGAAAUACAAAGUCUAUUCAAGAAAUAAAUCAUGAGUUGGACAGUUGUUCAUCAGAGACUUACAAAGACAUUAAAAUAAAUCAAUUUGACAGUGCAAAACAUUCGCAUGAUACAAACGAAAUAAAAACUGUUGAUCCUGAACAGGUUGAGAGCAAAACAAGGGAAAAAAAGAAAAAACGUAAGCACAGACAUUGUCAUAGACACAAACAUGAAGGUAGUAAUGAAGUUAACACUAUUGGGGAUCAGUUUGGUACUCAGAGUCAAGGAGAAAGAGAGCAUCAUCACAAGAAAAAGAAGAAGAAAUCAAAGAAACGUCAUAGAGAGGAUAGUGAGGAUGUACAUGAGAGCAAGCGUAGAAGGAAGGAGAAGACAAAUGUUUCAUUGGACAGUCUUGCAGCAUUAAAUGUUGAUGAAGCCCUCUCACAGAUUUAUGGGAAACAGCCAUCGACGUAGUUUCAAAUGCAUGGAUAAACAUAGUCUUUUAGUUUCAGGCUUGAUUACAUACUGUGAAAUCAUUUAAUUCCAUGGGCCAAACAGCUAGGCUGGAGUUACCAAUAAUUGGGCGUAAUAUCUCGGCUGAAUAGCUAGCCUGGAGUUACCAAUAUCAGUUUGAAUAAGGAUUCAUAUCUUAUACAUUCAUCUUAAACUUAGCUGAAAUAUAAUGAACUGAACUUUUUUUGAUAGAUAAUUUAUUUGUCCAUUCUUAAGACACCCAAAUUAUUUAAAAUCAGCUCAGACCCUUCUAAAUAACCUGGCCCCAACAAAUGCAGCCACCAGAAUCAAUGUAAACAGGGCCAACUAAAUUAAAUGAUAGUGCCAACCAUUCCCUUCCACAACCCUUGCUAUCCAAGACCAGGUAGAUUGAUAGGGAGAAUAUUUUUUUGAUGUUUAGUGAAUAUAAAUCAGUUUACAUAUGUUUACAAUAAUUAUAUGCGAUAUAAAAUCAGAAUAUAAUAACACUAUUUCAGUCAAUAACAGCUGUUAUUAAGUUACAGUUUGAUUAUAAAGGGAUAGGACUCACAACAACAAAAAAUACAGGUUUCAUAUUUGUAAUAGAUGGGUAGUGGUUAUAUAUGUGGGUAGGUAGUGGGUGGGGAAACAAUGUGUUAUUUUAGGCCCAGUAAAAUGUAUGAUUAUGUGUAGAAGUUGGACAUAGUAAAUGUUUUGGUCAAGUAAAGUUGAUAAAGGGACAGCCAGUAGGAGCCAUCAAGGGGUCUCACCACCCUUGACAUGCAGCAGUAUAAUUUGAGGUGUGGGCACUGGUGGUGUCAUUUGUAGUUAUUACUCUUGGCAAAUCAAAUAAAUACAAAUGAGAUGCAAUCUCGGUUCUGGCCUGAAAACAAAAUUAUUCAGUACAGCUGUGAAUGUCAAAUGUUCAAGCAAAAAAAUACACCGAUUCUGGUGGCCACCUAAGAAUUUAUCAAAACAGAAAGAAAAUUUAUUCAAAUUUUAAAUGCAUGAAAAUAAUUUUCCAAGGAUUAAAGUGAUUUCACAGUAUGUAGGAGCUACAGGGCUAAAGCCUUUGACUGACAAUGCAGGUUUAAUUGUGAAGGUGAACUGUAACAGGAAAACUAAACUGUUUUGUAAUGUUUGAACAACAAAAAAGAUAAAGUAUUGUGUAAUGUGUGAUCACUGAAAAACUUGUGUAAUGUUUGAUCGUCAAAUAGAUCAACUUGUGUUAAUGUUUGAUCAUCGAUAAAGAUAAAACUGAACAGUUUUUCUGUAAUAUGUACGGUAGGAAAAAGAAAAUAAAUACUAUGUAUAUGCAUAAAGUAUGCCAGUUAUAAUUAUAUUUUUAAUAAGUAAUCUUUAUUUAUAUUGUGUCUUGGUUUUUUGCUUGUCUGAUCAUUGAAAAAAAAAAUCUACAA